GCCAAAUGGCAGCGCUUUUUGACUGCGCGGCCACCGUGUUCACAUCUCGUCUAACUGCCCCGCGAGAAGUAAGGACGCUAGCUUUUUUCGGGUCGGGGAAGAGAAAGAAGGUCACUUCCGGCGACAGUGCUACGUCACUUCUUUCGAAGCUUGGCGUUUGGUCAGUGGGGACCCACGCGGGUUCAACAUGCGUAUCGAGAAGUGUUAUUUCUGUUCCGGGCCCAUCUACCCUGGCCACGGUAUGAUGUUCGUACGCAACGAUUGCAAGGUGUUCAGAUUUUGUAAAUCUAAAUGUCAUAAAAACUUUAAAAAGAAGCGCAAUCCUCGCAAAGUUAGGUGGACCAAAGCAUUCCGGAAAGCAGCUGGUAAAGAGCUUACAGUGGAUAAUUCAUUUGAAUUUGAAAAGCGUAGAAAUGAACCUAUCAAAUACCAGCGAGAACUAUGGAAUAAAACUAUUGAUGCAAUGAAGAGAGUUGAAGAGAUCAAACAGAAACGCCAAGCUAAAUUUAUAAUGAACAGACUGAAGAAAAAUAAAGAGCUACAGAAAGUUCAGGAUAUCAAAGAAGUCAAGCAAAACAUCCAUCUUAUCCGAGCCCCUCUUGCAGGCAAAGGGAAGCAUUUGGAAGAGAAAAUGGUACAGCAGUUGCAAGAGGAUGUGGAUAUGGAAGACGCUUCUUAAAAAUCUCUGUAACCAUUUCUUUUAUGUGCGUUUGAAAAUGCCCUUUGGAAACUUGGAACUGCUAAAUUAUUAGUUUAUUUUUUAUAUAAGGUUACUUAAAUGAAAAGUGAUUAAAAUAUAUCUUUUCUACAUUGCCAUCUAUAAAACAUCAGAUGUUACUGAUGUUACAUUGCAUCUCAGUGUUAAAUCUUCACUGACAGAUGUACUUACGUAAAUCAUGAAAAUUCUGCUUAUAACUAUAGAAGUGAAUUGUGGAUGUAAAAUGCUUAUUCCAUUUGAAUAAUGGCACAGGACAGCCUUUGUAUAAUAAAGAAUGGCAAAAAUUCAUGGUUAGCGAUGUAGAAAAUAUUAUUUGCAGUAAAAUAUUCCCUUUAUUAAUGUUAUAGAAGGGGGGAUACGACAAGGAAAUAACAAUUUGUAUUACAGUAUCAAAUACUAUUUUGAUUUUAAUAUUUCCUGUUUUGGUUUAUUUGUAUCUCAGAAGAGCAUAAUGAUAUUGUUUGAUGAAGCCUAAUUGUGCUGGACUGUUUUGACCUGGUUUAACCCUUCCAAUAGGUAGUUUUGGUUGUUGGGGAUGAGAACUGAGUAAUCUUUGUCUGCAGUGACAUUACACUCUAGAAUUUCCACUUUGGAGAAUACUCAGUUCCAACUUGUGAUUCCUGGGAGGACAAACUUUAUUUUUCUAAUCUACCAAUGAUCUAGAAGCAGAGGAAUCCCAAUGCCUUUUAAAACGUACGUGGUUUUCUUUUAAAAAGCUCCUGUUUUUGGAAAGUAGAAUUUAUGGGUACAACAUGUGUUCAUUAUUUGCACAUAAAAUAAAACCAUUUAAAAAGUAAUGCUGGUAUUUAUUAUUUAAAGGUACUAAACAAAGAUAAGAAGUAUUGAUUACCUAGAAGAAAAUGUACUCCAAAGAUACUGCUUAUGUAAGAGAUACAUUUAAAGAGAAAUAGAUAUUUAACAUUUAAUGUUUCAGUGUUUUUACAUUGUUUACAAUUUAAAGUAUUUUUGUUUUUUCUUUUUUUUUUAUUGCAUUUUAGGUUUUGGGGUACAUGUGAAGGACAUGCAAGAUUGUUGCAGAGGUAGACACAUGGCAGUGUGAUUUGCUGCCUUCCUCCCCAUCACCUAUAUCAGGCAUUUCCCACCCUCAGCUGUCUCUCCCCUAUUUCCCCCCUGGCAGACCCCAGUGUGUGAUGCUCCCCUCCCUGUGUCCAUGUGUUCUCAUUGUUCAACUCCCACCUAUGAGUGAGAACAUGCAGUGUUUGAUUUUCUGUUCUUGCGUCAGUUUGCUGAGAAUGAUGGUCUCCAGUUUCAUCCAUGUCCCUACAAAGGACACGAACUCAUCGUUUUUGAUGGUUGCAUAAUAUUUCAUGGUAUACAUAUGCCACAAUUUCCCUGUCCAGUUUAUCAUGGAUGGGCAUUUGGGUUGGUUCCAGUUCUUUGCUAUUGUAAACAGUGCUGCAAUGAACAUUCGUGUGCAUGUAGCCUUAUAGUAGGACAAUAUAUAAUCCUUUGGAUACAUACCCAGUAAUGGGAUUGCUGGGUCAAAUGGAAUUUCUAUUUCUAGGUCCUUGAGGAAUCGCCACACUGUCUUCCACAAUGGUUGAACUAAUUUACACUCCCACCAACAGUGUAAAAGUGUUCCUAUUUCUCCACGUCCUCUCCAGCAUCUGUUGUCUCCAGAUUUUUUGAUGAUCGCCAUUCUAACUGGCAUGAGGUGGUAUCUCAAUGUAGUUUUGAUUUGCAUUUCUCUAAUGACCAGUGAUGAUGAGCAUUUUUUCAUAUGUUUGUUGCCUCAUGUAUGUCUUCUUUUGUAAAGUGUCUGUUCAUAUCUUUUGCCCACUUUUGAAUGGGUUUGUUUUUUUCUUGUAAACCUGUUUUAGUUCUUUGUAGAUUUUAGAUAUCAGCCCUUUGUCAGAUGGGUAGACUGCAAAAAUUUUUUCCCAUUGUGUUGGUUGCUGAUUGACUAAUGAGUGUUUCUUUUGCUGUGCAGAAGCUGUGGAGUUUGAUUAGGUCCCAUUUGUCUAUUUUGGCUUUUGUUGCCAAUGCUUUUGGUGUUUUGGUCAUGAAGUCCUUGCCUAUGCCUAUGUCCUGAAUGGUUUUGCCUAGAUUUUCUUCUAGGGUUUUUAUUGUGCCAGGUCUUAUGUUUAAGUCUUUAAUCCAUCUGGAGUUAAUUUUAGUGUAAGGUGUUCAGGAAGAGGUCCAGCUUCUGCUUUCUGCACAUGGCUAGCCAGUUUUCCCAACACCAUUUAUUAAACAGGGACUCCUUUCCCCAUUGCUCGUUUUUGUCAGGUUUGUGAAAGAUCAGAUGGUUGUAGAUGUGUUGUUGCUUCUGAGGCCUCUGAUCUGUUCCAUUGGUCUAUAUCUCUGUUUUGGUACCAGUACCAUGCUGUUUUGAUUACUGUAGCCUUGUAGUAUAGUUUGAAGUCCAGUAGUGUGAUGCGUCCCACUUUGUUCAUUUUGCUUAGAAUUGACUUGGGCUAUGUGGUCUCUCUUUUGGUUUCAUAUGAAGUUUAAGGUGGUUUUUUGGUUCCAUAUGAAGUUUAAGGUGGUUCUGUGAAUAAGGUCAUUGGUAGCUUGAUGGGGAUAGCAUUGAAUCUGUAAAUUACUUUGGGCAGUAUGGCCGUUUUCACGACAUUGAUUCUUUCUAACCACGAACAUGGAAUGUUUUUCCAUCUGCUUGUGUCCUCUCUUAUUUCGUUGAGCAGUGGUUUGUAGUUCUCCUUGAAGAGGUCCUUUACGUUCCUUGUUAGUUGUAUUCCUAGGUAUGUUAUUGUUUUUGUAGCAGUUGUGAAUGGCAGUUCGUUCUUGAUUUGGCGCUCAUUAAGUCUGUUAUUGGUGUAUAGGAAUGCUUGUGAUUUUUGCACAUUGAUUUUGUAUCCUGAGACUUUGCUGAAGUUGCUUGUCAGUUUCAGGAGAUUUUGGUCUGAGAUGAUGGGGUCUUCUAGAUAUACAAUCAUGUCAUCUGCAAAUAGAGACAAUUUGACUUCCUCCUUUCCUAUUUGAAUACCAUUUAUUUCUUUUUCUUGCCUGAUUGCUCUGGAUAGAACUUCCAAUACUAUAUUGAAUAGGAGUGGUGAGAGAGGGCAUCCUUGUCUAGUGCCGGAUUUCAAAUGGAAUGCUUCCAGUUUUUGCCCAUUCAGUAUGAUAUUGGCUGUGUGUUUGUCAAAAAUAGCUUUUAUUAUUUUGAGAUACGUUCCAUCAAUACCUAGUUUAUUGAGAGUUUUUAGCAUAAAGGGCUGUUGAAUUAUGUCAGGGGCCUUCUCUGCAUCAAUUGAGAUAAUCAGGUGGUUUUUGCCUUUGGUUCUGUUUAUGUGGUGAAUUAUAUUUAUAGACGUGUGUACGUUGAACCAGCUUUGCAUCCCUGGGAUGAAGCCUACUUGAUCAUGGUAGAUAAGCUUUUUGAUGUGCUGUUGCAAUUGGUUUGCCAGUAUUUUAUUGAAGAUUUUUGCAUCCAUGUUCAUCAUGGAUAUUGGCCUGAAGUUUUCUUUUCUUGCUGAGUCUCUGCCGGGUUUUGGUAUCAGGAUGAUGUUGGUCUCAUAAAAUGAUGUGGGAAGGCUUCCCUCUUUUUGGAUUGUUUGGAAUAGCUUCAGAAGGAAUGAUACCAGCUCCUCUUUGUAUGUCUGGUAGAAUUCAGCUGUGAACCCAUCUGGACCUAGGCUUUUUUUGUGUGGUAGGCUCUUAAUUGCUGCCUCAACUUCAGAUCUUGUUAUUGGUCUAUUCAGGGUUUCAACUUCUUCCUGGUUUAGGCUUGGGAGGACACAGGUGUCCAGGAGUUUAUCCAUUUCUUCCAGGUUUACUAGUUUAUGUGCAUAGAGUUGUUUGUAAUAUUCUCUGAUGAUGGUUUGAAUUUCUGUGGAAUCUGUGGUGAUAUCCCUUUUAUCGUUUUUUAUUGCAUCUAUUUGAUUUUUCUCUCCUUUCUUUUUUAUUGAUCUGGCUAGUGGUCUGUCUAUUUUGUUGAUCUUUUCCAAAAACCAACUCCUGGAUUUAUUGAUUUUUUUUUGAAGGGUUUUUCGUGUCUCUGUCUCCUUCAGUUCUGCUUUGAUCUUAGUUAUUUCUUGUCUUCUGCUAAGUUUUGAGUUUUUUUUUAUCUUGCUCCUCUAGCUGUUUCAAUUUUGACGAUAGAGUGUCAAUUUUGGAUCUCUCCUUUCUUCUUAUGUGGUCAUUUAUUGCUAUAUAUAUUUCCCAUAGAGAUUGCUUUAAAUGUGUCCCAGAGAUUCUGGUAUGUUGUGUCUUCGUUCUCAUUGGUUUCGAAGAACAUCUUUAUUCCUACCUUCAUUUCAUUGUUUAUCCAGUCAACAUUCAAGAGCCAGUUGUUCAGUUUCCAUGAAGCUGUGUGGUUCUGUUAGUUUCUGAAUUCUGAGUUCUAACUUGAUUGCACUGUGGUCUGAGAGACUGUUUGUUAUGAUUUCCGUUCUUUUGCAUUUGCUGAGGAGUGAUUUACUUCCAGUUAUGUGGUCAAUUUUAGAGUAGGUGUGAUGUGGUGCUGAGAAGAUGUAUAUUCUGUGGAUUUGAGGUGGAGAGUUCUGUAAAUGUCUAUUAGGUUUGCUUGGUCCAGGUCUGUGUUCAAGUCCUGGAUAUCCUUGUUAAUUUUCUGUCUGGUUGAUCUGUCUAAUAUUGACAAUGGGGUGUUAAAGUCUCCCACUAUUAUUGUGUGGGAGUCUAAAUCUCUUUUUAAAUCAUUAAGAACUUGCCUUAUGUAUCUGGGUGCUCCUGUAUUGGGUACGUAUAUAUUAAGGAUCAUUAGCUCUUCUUGUUGCAUCGAUCCUUUUACCCUUAUGUAAUGGCCUUCUUUGUCUCUUUUGAUCUUUGUUGCUUUAAAGUCUAUUUUAUCAGAGACGAGAAUUGCAACUCCUGCUUUUUUUUGCUCUUCAUUUGCUUGGUAAAUCUUCUACAUCCCUUUACUUUGAGCCUUUGUGUAUCCUUGCAUGUGAGAUGGGUUUCCUGGAUACAGAAUACCGAUGGGUUUUGGCUUUUUAUCCAAUUUACCAGUCUGUGUCUUUUGAUUGGGGCAUUUAGCUCAUAUCCAUUUAGGGUUAAUAUUUUUGUGUGUGAAUUUGAUACUGCCAUUUUGAUACUAGCUAGCUAUUUUGCCUUGUAGUUGAUGCAGUUUCUUCAUUGUGUUGAUGCUCUUUACCAUUUGGUAUGUUUUUGGAGUGACUGGUACUAGUUGUUCCUUUCUAUGUUUAGGGCCUCUUUCAGGAGCUCUCGUAAAGCAGGCCUGGUGGUGAUGAAAUCUCUGAGUACUUGCUUGUUCACAAAGGAUUUUAUUUUUCCUUCACUUAUGAAGCUUAGUUUGGCUGGAUAUGAAAUUCUGGGUUGAAAGUUCUUUUCUUUAAGGAUGUUGAAUAUCGGCCCCCACUCUCUUCUGGCUUGUAGGGUUUCUGCUGAGAGAUCUGCUGUGAGUCUGAUGGGCUUCCCUUUGUGGGUGACCCGACCUUUGUCUGUGGCUGCCCUUAGCAUUUUCUCAUUCAUUUCAACCCUGGUGAAUCUGAUGAUUAUGUGCCUUGGGGUUGCUCUUCUUGAGGAAUAUCUUUGAGGUGUUCUCUGUAUUUCCUGGACUUGAGUAUUGGCCUGCCUUGCCAGGUUGGGGAAGUUUUCCUGGAUAAUAUCCUGAAGAGUAUUUUCCAGCUUGGAUUCAUUCUCUUCGUCACAUUCGUGUACACAUAUCAAACGUAGAUUAGGUCUUUUCACAUAGUCCCAUAUUUCUUGGAGACUUUGUUCAUUCCUUUUUGCGCUUUUUUCUCUAAUCUUGCCUUCUCAUUUUAUUUCAUUGAGUUGAUCUUUGACCUCUAAUAUCCUUUCUUCUGCGUUGGUCAAUUCGGCUGUUGAAAAUUGUGUAUGCUUCGCAAAGUUCUCAUGUUGUGUUUUUCAGCUCCAUCAGUUCACUUACAUUCCUCUCUAAGUUGUUUAUUCUCAUUAGCAUUUCAUCAAAUCUUUUUUCAAGGUUCUUAGUUUCUUUGCAUUGGGUUAGAACAUGUUCUUUUAGCUCACAGAAGUUUCUUAUUACCCACCUUCUAAAGCCUGAUUCUGUCAAUUCAUCACACUCAUUCUCUAUCCAGCCUUGUUCCCUUACUGGUGAGGAGUUGUGAUCCCUUGUAGCAGGAGAGGCGUUCUGGUUUCGGGUGUUUUCCCCCUUUUUGUGCUGGUUUCUUCCCAUCUUUGUGGAUUUAUCCACCUGUCGUCUGUGUAGUUGCUGAUUUUGUUUUUUGGGUUUCUGAGUGGAUGUCCAGAUUGUUGAUGAUGAAGUUAUUUCUUUCUGUUUCUUAGUUUUCCUUCUAACAGUCUGGCUCCUCUGCUGUAGGACUGCUGAGGUCCACUCCAGGCCCUGCUUGCCUGUGGUCACCUGCAGCAGCUGCAGAACAGUAAGGGUUGCUGCCAGUUUCUUUUUCUGCUUUCUUUGUCCCUGAAGGAUACCUGCCAGAUGUCAGUCUGAGCUCUUUUUUAUGAGGUGACUCUGGAUACAUGGGGGUCAGGGAGCUGCUUGAGGGGAUGGUCUGUCCUUUAUAGGAGCUUAAGUGCUGAGCUGUGAGCUCUGUUGUUCAUUCAGAGCUGCUGGGCAGGUACGUUUAAGUCUGCUGCAGUAUAACUCAUAAACCCCUUUUUUCCCCCCAGGUGCUCUGUCCUGGGGAGUUAGGGCUUUAUUUAUGAGUUUCUGUUGUGCUGCUGGCUUUUUUCAGGGCUGCCCUGCCAGGCAAGGUGGCAGCCUAGUCACUGCCUACAGAGACUUUGCUGAGUUGCUCUGGGCUCCGCCCAGGUGCCAUGUGAACUUUCCUGCAGUCCUGUUUAUACGCGUGUAGUUAGAACUGCCUCAGCAAUGGCAGCCCAUCUCUAUAAUGGCAAACUGUCUCUGUAAUGGCAGGCUGCGUCAGCAAUGGCAAACUACCUCCAUAGUGGUGGAGUGCCUUGAUAAUGGUGGAUGCCCCUCCCCCACAGAGCUGGCUGGUCCCACGUGCGGCUGUGUUUGCUGUGCAACUCCCAGUCUAGAGUGUUUUCAAUUGCUGUUUUGUGGGGGUGGGACCAGCUGAGCCUGAUCACCUGGCUGCCUGCCUCACAGUCCUUUUUUUUUUUUUAGUUGAACCAUCGACUUUUGUCUACCAGGUGUUCCAGUCGUCUGUUGAAAAGGCGCUGGAAUCUGAUUUCUGGUGCAGCGACCCACUGUGCCUGUGCCGGCUGAAACAGCGGUGCUGAGAUUCAUGGCACUUUUUUGCCCAGGAAUCUCCUGGUCUGGCUCCCCCUGGCCUCGCUCCCUGUUUCAGUCCCCUUUUUAAUCAGUUGAAUGGGUGCCUCUGUUUGCCAGGAGCUCAUAUGGCCGGCUAUAAUGACGUCCGGACCUGUGUAUUUUGUAUGGAGAAUCUCCGGCAAAACAGCUGCACUGGCCAAACAGCCGCACUGGCCCAACCAGCUGUGCUGGCGACCCAUGGGGCUCCUUCGCCUGGGGACCUCCUCAUCUUUGGGCAACAAAAACUUGUCUGGAAAUGCGGCAUCCACUCACCUUCCGUGCUUUUGCUGGGAGCUGCAAUCCUGAGGUGCUCCUAAUUGGCCAUCUUGGAUCCCUCCUUAAGUAUGUUAAAGAUAUUAAGUAACGAUCAGUUUGCAUAAUGGUGUUUUAGGGUAGAAUUUAGAAUAAAUUACCAAUUCUUAGCCUUACAGAAUGAUAAACUAUGAUAAACAUUUAAAUUGAUAAACUCAUUUUAAGUUUUAGUAUUAGUAAAACUAAAGCUGUAGACUACAACUGGACCAAGUGUUAGGAGACCUGAAUUCCAGUGUGGUUUUACCUGUGUAUUCUUAUUUGUAAAUAAUAUUAUUGAUUGAGGAUUAGAGGAAAAUGAUACAUGUGAGGAAACACAUUUGUAAAAUUUCUUGAGAAGUUUUUUACUAUAUGCCAUAUUCAUUUUUUAAAGAUAUAUAAAAUUUUUACAGUUACAUUUUAUUAGGAAACAAGUGUUCUACCUUGCUCGCUAAGGAGCAAGUUGCUCUUGCCUUGCGACCAUCAAUUUGGGCUGAAUUGAAAGCUGAUGUUGCAUCUUAAGUUUAGCAUCCAUCAUCACAGUUGUCUUCCUUGUCAUGAUUUCAUAGUAUGUUGAGAACCCAGAUCUCAUUCUAAACUAUAUGGAUACAAAUGCUGUAAUUUUUUUUUUAAUCCCACCAUAACUCUCUAAGCUUGUUUUGAUCACUUCUCUUUAAAAUGUUGCCUGAGAGGUUGUUAUGAUAGAAUACUUCUAGGCUACUUUGUUUCAGUUUGUUUGGUAGAUGCCUGUGCUGAGUAACUAGCAGUAAAACAAAGCAUAAUGUUUACUACAUGGAACUUACUUUUUUUUUUUUUUGAGGCAGUGUCUGGCUGUGUUGCACAGGCUGGAGUGCAGUGGCAUGAUCUUGGCUUACUGCAACCUCCGUUUUCCUGGCUCAAGCUAUCGUCCCACCUCAGCCUCCCAGGUAGCUGGGACUAAGGCUUGCACCACCUUUGCUGCUCACUUGUGUAUUUUUGUGUUACUGUUUUUUUUGGUCAUAGAGACGGGGUUUCACUAUGUUGCCCAGAUUGGAACAAUAUAGGAUUGGAAAUCAUGGGAAGGAAUAUCCUCAACGCAUAUACCUUACAAUGCCUUGUAAGAAUAUAGAAAAACUAUUUUUAAAAAUUCUUAUUUCUUAAAAAUAGAAACCUUAGGAAGAAGUUUAUCUAUAAGAUCAACUUAUGCAUCUAUGAGUUUGAAGAGUUUAGAAGAGUGCAAGUUUUAGAAGAGUUUGAGAAGAUUGACAUAUUUCAUAAUAUCUCGUGAAGUAGAUAGCAUUAUUCUCAUUUAAAUAUAUAGGUAGAAAUUUCAGGUCUAGGUAACUUAUUUCUUUACCACACAACUACAAUAAUCAAGGUCUAAAGAUUUGUGUUUAUACAAGUCUAUUUCCCUGCAUUUAUGUAGAAGGAUUUUAUCUAGAGCCUUGUAUAUCAAGUCAGGUUAGAGAGUGACACUCAACUAUGACUUGGUUUCUUCAUCUGAAAAAUGAAGAUAAUAAUAGGACCUACCCUGGAAUUCUUUGCAAGGAUUCAUUCAGUUAAUACAUGUAAAAUACUUCGAGGCCAACACCAUAAUAAGCUAGUAUUAUAAUGUUAGCUUCUAGGAUUGGUUGUAUGGCCACACAAAACAACAGCAAUGGGAUUUGACUUGGGAGAAAGGUGGACAGUGUUAAGAUUUGGGGAUAACUGUGGCUAAAUUGAAUGAAGUCCACUUAGUGCCCCAAAACAGGGACGUGAAUGGUUAAAAAUACCAAUUUUAGCCUUUUAAGUCAACCAGAAAGUUGUUAUUAAGCAGAGCAUCUCAUUCCCUCAGCAUCUUCUGUUGUGAAGAGUGGGAAGGGGAAAUGCAUUUUUGUUCCUCUUAGUUUAAAAAAAUGAAUAGUUUCCCAUAAUCUUAAGGGAUAAUUUAAAUGACAUAAGGGAAAUUAUUUUUUCAUCUGCCCUUUAAUUUACAUUUUAGAUGGAGAUCUGGAAAAAGACAUCACACUUUAAUUACAGCUUAAUGUAAAUUCUAAUAUCCAAUGAAUAGUUUCGUGUAAAAGUUAACAUGGCUGCUUGCUGAAUUGUGUUGAAAAGACAAGGGGAAAAACAACAUUAAACACUUAAAAACUAAAGAACUAAAUUUCAAGGACUCUAGAAGCAUUUCCCAGUCUAUAUUCCUUUAUUAAUACAUUGUAGAAUUGGAAUGGGAGAGCCACAGAUUUUACCUUGCAUGUCUUCUUGUUGAUUUGAAUUGUUUCUACAAAAGGAGAAAUUACCUCUUCUGAAGAAUGCAUUCCUUAUGUGCUGAUUAUAAAUAAGAGCCUUCCUUCUGGUGCCAUAGGAUGACCUGUGACUUAAGCUGUCCCUUGGUUUUAAUCAUAAUCAAUUGAAGCCAGCAUGUGGGAGAGGUGAUUCUUCUGCUACAUGAUUUUCCCUGGGGUACCAGUUACCUGGUCUCUUUAUCCUGUGAUUGAGUCUAUGUCUCACUGUGAUCCUGCUAAUAAGUUCCUUUCUGUCAAAGAUGGCAACCAAAAAUCUUAAUUGGAAGGCAUCCUCUGACAUAUCCAGGUAACACAUUUCUAUCAUCAUUUCUCAGAGAGUGGGGACUCUUACUUUCUUAUCCCAGGCACGUAUUUGGUACCAGGACCAUGGAAAGUGCUCAGUAAAUGUCAAGUAAAUGGAAAAUGAGUGUGUAGCCAUAUGCUAGGUUUACAUUAAUCUGUUUUAAAAGUAACCAGUAAUUUGAAAGAUAAUAUAUUACCAAUAGAUACCAAGGACAGAAGCAGCCUGUGUGAUUCUGACAUUAAUGAAAUCUAUGCUGUUGGGAAGGCUUGCUGGCUUUAGGUUACAUACCUGAUUUUGCUGCUUAGAUCAUUAUGGCAUGGUAGUAAAACAAAGCUGCAUUUCUGGGUCUGGCUGGAGCAUUCACAUGUCAAGGAAUCCCAGGAAAGACAGCAUGAGCUGGUUUUUUAGCGAGUUUCUUAACUUUUAUCUGGAGCUUGCUUUGUUGAUGGAAAUAGUCCCUUAUUUCAAUAGCCAGAGUAUAAAAUUAGAAAUAAGGAGAACUAAUUAGGGAGCAUCAGUUGAAACAAAGAUAAUUCUUUUUUUCAAGACAGAAAUAUAUAGGACAUUGGCUCCUUAGUAUUCUAAGAAACGCUUUGUUUUCAGAAUGCCAACUGUUACAUAGUUGUUUUGUUUAGUAUAAUAUAUUUUAGAAAGUGUCUGUACAUUUGGUUUGACACCAAGCUGCGGAGUCUUAAGAGGAACACCAGUGAGAAUGCUAUUCUAAUCAGUUGCCCCAUACAGUUUCUUAGUCUAUACUUCAUGAUUUUGUCACAUAUUUCCUUUUCUGGUAUCAGAGAUGCUAUUAAACGCAGUUCACCUGAUUAAAAGGGUACCCCAUCCCAAAGCAGAUGAAGAUACAACAGGCUUGUUCAUGUUGUGCUAAGCUACAGUUGCAUACAAUCAAUAUUGCCUGUCCCCUGAGUUUUUCUUCACUAUUCUCAGAUGCUGCCAGAACACCAGAGCUAGAAGCUUUUUGACUCUGUAGAGAUAUAAUUUCUCCAUUUCUAUUUUUAAUUUUUUUAAAUUAUCAUAGUUUAAGUUCAGGGGUACAUGAGCAGAUCUUGGAGGACUGUUACAUAAGUAUACACAUGUUACAGUGGUUUGCUGCCUCCAUCCCCCUGCCAACUACAUUAUGCAUUUCUCCUAACGUGAUCCCUCCCUUACGUCCCCACCCCCUGCUAUUGCUCCCCUAGCCCCCCACCCCCAGUAGACCCCAGUGUAUGAUGUUCCCCUCACUGUGUACAUGUAUUCUCAUUGUGCAACACCCCCUUUGAGAACAUGUGGUGUUUGGUUUUCUGUUCUUGUGUCAGUUUGCUGAGAAUGGUUUCCAGCAAACAUGGUUUCAUCCAUGUCGCUGCAAAGACAUGAACUCAUCCUUUUUUAUGGCUGCAUAGUAUUCCAUGGUGUUUAUGUGCCACAUUUUCUUUAUCCAGUCUAGCCUUGAUGAGCAUUUGGGUUGAUUCCAACUCUUUGCUAUUGUAAACAGUGCUGCAAGGAACAUAUGUGUGCAUGUGUCUUUAUAAUAGAACAAUUUCUUGGGUAUAUUUCCAGCUUCAUCCAUGUUGCUGCAAAGGACAUGAGCUCAUCCUUUUUUAUGGCUACAUAGUAUUUCAUGGUGUUUAUGUGCCACAUUUUCUUUAUCAGUUUAUCCUUGAUGAGCUUUGGGUUGAUUCCAAGUCUUUGCUAUUGUAAACAGUGCCGCAAUGAACAUACAUGUACAUGUGUCUUUAUAAUAGAACAAUUUCUUGGGUAUAUACCCAGUGAUGGGAUUGCUGGGUCAAAUGGUAUUUCUGUUCCUAGAUUUUUGAGGAAUCUCCACACUGUCUUCCACAAUGGUUGAACUAAUUCACACUUCCACCAACAGUGUAAAAGUGUUCCCAUUUCUCCACAUCCUCUCCAGCAUCUGUUGUUUCCAGAUUUUUUAAUGAUCUCCAUUCUAACUGGCAUGAGAUGGUAUCUCAAUGUGGUUUUGAUUUACAUUUCUCUAAUGACCAUUGAUGAUGAGAAUUUUUUCAUAUGUUUCUUAGCUGCAUAAAUGUCUUCUUUUGAAAAGUGCCUCUUCAGAUCCUUCACCCACUUUUUGAUGGAGUUGUUUGUUUUUUCCUUGUAAAUUUGUUUUAGUUCUUUGUAGAUUCUGGAUAUUAGCCCUUUUUCAGAUGAGUAGCUUGGAAAAGUUUUUUCCCCAUUCUGUUGGUUGCCAGUUCACUCUAGUGAUUGUUUCUUUUGCUGUGCAGAAGCUCUUAGCCAGAGCAAUCAGGCAAGAAAAAGAAAUAAGGGGUAUUCAGUUAGGAAAAGAGGAAGUCAAAUUGUCUCUAUUUGCAGAUGACAUGAUUGUAUAUCUUCAAAACCCCAUUGUCUCAGCCCAAAAUCUCCUUUAGAUGAUAAGCAACUUCAACAAAGUCUCAGGUUACAAAAUCAAUGUGUAGAAAUCACAAGCAUUCCUGUACACCAAUAACAGACAGCCAAAUCAUGAGUGAACUCCCAUUUACAAUUGCUACAAAGAGAAUAAAAUACCUAGGAAUACAAGUAACAAAGGAUGUAAAGGAUCUCUUCAAGGAGAACUACAAACCACUGCUCAAGGACAUAAGAGAGGACACAAACAUUUGGAAAACCAAUCAAUAUCAUGAAAAUGGCCAUACUGCCCAAAGUAAUUUAUAGAUUCAAUGCUAUCCCCAUCAAGUUACCAUUGACCUUCACAGACCUGGAAUAAAAGACCUUAAACGUCAUAUGGAACCAAAAAAGAGCCUGCAUAGCUAAGGCAAUCUUAAGCAAAAAGAACAAAGCUGGAGGCAUCACACACCUGACUUCAAACUACACCAUAAGGCUACAGUAAUCAAAACAGCAUGGUAUUGGUACCAAAACAGAGAUAUAGACAAAUGAAACAGAACAGAGGCCUCGGAAGUAAUGCCACACGCCUACAACCAUCUGAUCUUUGACAAACUGACAAAAACCAGUAAUGGGGAAAGGAUUCCCUGUUUAAUAAAUGGUGUUGGGAAAACUGGCUAACCAUGUGCAGGAAGCAGAAACUGGACCUAUUCCUUACACCUUAUACAAAAAUUAACUCCAGAUGGAUUAAAGAUUUAAACAUAAGAUCUAACACCAUAAAAAUGCUAGAAAAAAAUAUAGGCAAUACCAUUCAGGACAUAGGCAUAGGCAAGGACCUCAUAACUAAAACGCCAAAAACAAUGGUGGCAACAAACGCCAAAAUGACAAAUGGGAUCCAAUUUCUCCGUUUCUAGAAGACACAAGAAUUACCAGAAGAUAAAUUAGAAGAAUAUACAAUGGAGCUAGCAUGGUGGCUGACAUCUGUAAUCCCAGGGCUUUGAGAGGCAAAGGUGGAAGGGCCACUUGAGGCCAGGAGUUCAAGGCCAGCUUGGGCAACAUAGUGAGACCCUGACUCUUCAAACAAACAAACAAACAACAACAAACCAGGCACUGCAGCACAUGCCUGUAGUCCUAGCUACUUAGGAGCCUGAGGCAGGAGAAUUGCUUGAGCCCAGGAAAUCAAGACUACAAUGAGCUAUGACUGUGCCACUGCACUCCAGCCUGGGUAACAACAGAGAGACAUUGUCUGCCCCCUAACCCUCCCCGCAAAAGGAGGAAAACAUCUCAAAAGAUAAAGUAUCUAGGUCACAACCUCUCAGUGCCUUUGAUUACACAUUUGCAAACAGGAUGUAGCACCCUCUAGUCCCAGAGUUGUGAGAAUCCAGUGAUAGAGCAAUAAUUAAGGCCAGGUACAUUGCAUAUAUUAUCUUCCAGUAUCAACAACCCCUCCAGUUAGUCCUUCUUACUGUGCAGAUGAGAAACAGGAAAAUAAGAGAAAUUAAGUAACUUGAUUCAUGUCACUAACAACUAGCAGAGCUUAGAUUCAAGCACAGUCUGUCCUCAUCACCAGCUGAUAUCCUAAACAUGGGUUCUGCCUGGCAUGUGGUUGGUCCUCAAUAUAUGUUUAUUUGCUGGAGGAAAAAAAUCUAGCAGUAAAAGCAAAUGUCUUGGGGAAAAUAAUAGAUUUUAUGGAGUUUAAAUUUUCUUGUGACAAGAAUGGAUACUUUUUUUUUUGUACCAGUUCUUUCAGGACUGACAGGGUAUCAAUAAGAUAGCAAGUUUAAUAAAAUGAAGACUUUUGAAAUUUACUGUUCUUAAAAAAAUUAAUACAGCAAUGCCAUUAAUUCUAGUAUAAUUGUUGGAGGAGCUGUCUUACAGUUAGCGCUGAAAUACAUGCUAAUCUUGUUAUCCAAAUAAGAAUUUUGAAUUGUAUCAGUACCCACUUUAGGAGCAAUUUCAGUAUUCCUUAAUUAGAUUUUAAGAUGUUUAUUGUGUGUCUGGUAUGUGUGAGGCAUUGCUUGUCUCAUUUAGCAACAAAGUAAUUAGUGUAUAUUAUGUUUGAGAAUUUUGAAUUUUAGGGAAGUGUGUUCUAGUUAUAGUUCAUACCUUUUAGGACCGUUUAAAGCUAUUAGCUGUUUACACUUGUGCCAGUUUUCAAGUUCUCCGAAUUGUUGGGAUUACAGCCAACAAGAAUACUGUCUUUGUUCCAGGGGAUGAAAGUUUGAAUGUUGAGUGUCAGGGUUCAUCUAAGGUCAGAAGUGGGUUUUGAGGUUGCCCGAUGUGUUAUUUGAUAUCUUCUUUAAAAAUUUAUUUAUUUUAUUUUUAGAGACAGGGUCUUGCUCUGUCACCCAGGCUAGAGUGCAGUGGUGCAAUCUCUGCUCAGCAUAACCUGAAACUCCUGGGCUCAAGCAAUCCUGCAUCAUCCUCUGGACUACCAAUGUGCCAUUUGAAUUGUCUUUCUAACAAUGAUAUGACAAAGAAUCUAAGAUGAUGUUCUCUCAGUGUACCGCAUACAUGAUAACAUUUCAUCCCCACUGUUAGUUAAAUGGACUCUCAGAAAUAAUGUUUGAUUUACUGAACAAGUUUACUUUCUUUGAGUUGAGGGAAAGUCUCCAUUAGAGAUGAGGUACUCAGGAAGAUUUGGGUCAGAGCAGCAGAGGAUGAGCUACAGUAGCAUUGAGAGAGUGGCCUCCAGCCUGAUUGCAUAUUAGCAUUAUCAGGGGCAGGUUUGUAAUUACCAGUGCCUGGGCCUCUCCAAGACCAAUUAACUGGAAAUCACUUGGAUUAGGGCCCAGGUACUGGUAUUUUUAAAAAGCACUAGGUGAUUCUAACAUGUUCCCAAGGUUCAGAACUAUUGCUCUAUAUAAUAACUAGAAUUUCUUAGGCAAUUAAUGUAAAGGUUUUUUCAGUUGAUGCUUUUUCAAGAGGCAUUUUAUGAAACUCUAUUUCUUUACGUUAUCAAGUGACUCACCAAAAUAAUGGGGACAUUUUAAAAUGGAUGCUUGGAUAACUUCAGUAGCAGCUACAUAAUUUCCCAAGUACCUAAUAUGACUGCACUAUGAUAGUUAGCUGGAUGUUUCUUAAGCUGUAAAACAGGGUACAAAGACAAUCAUUUCCAUUUUUUAUUGGAGUUUGAUUAAUAUUCCGUCUGGGUCGAUGUGACCUUGGAAGUAAACCAUGGGGAUUGCAUGGUCCAUUUGCCAGGAUCUACAUAUUUUAUCUUUAAUUUUCCCGAUUAUGAAGGCCUGGCUAAGACUUCUGCUUGAAUCCUAAAUGAGACAGUCAUCAUAAUCUUGCCCUUUCAUUGGUGCGUGGUUUAUCACACACACAAAAACUCAGUACUAACUUUAAAAGGAGGUGAAGAGGACAUAUGCAUGGAAGACAUUGGGGUUUUUAUUCCCAGAUAAGUGAUUUGUGCCAUCUGUGGAUGGGCAUAGCAGAAAGGUGGAAUAUGAUUUGAAGCUUUGUAUCUGAAUCUCUUUGCUACAGUUUGGAUGUUUGUUUGCUCCAUAGCUGAUGCUGAAAUUUGAUUGCCAUUGUAACAGGAUUGAGACACGGGAUCUUUAACAGGUGAUUCAGCUCUGAAGGCUCCACCCUUGUGGGUGGGUUUGAUGCCUUUGAAAGAUGGCUCUGGGACGGGGCUCUGUCUUUCUCCCAUGUACUUUCUUGCCCUUUGCUUUUUCUGCUAUGGAAUGCUGCAGCUAGAAGGCCGCCGCCAGAUGCGAGCCCCUCAGCCUUGGACUUCCAGCUUCCAGAACUGUAAGAAACAAAUUUAUUUUUCUUGUGAAUUGCCAGUCUCAGGUACUCUGUUUGGCAGCAGAAAACACACUAAAGCAUUCUACCAUCAGAUUUGUGUUUCCCCAGUGACUCUGGGGUUCAAGGUUUAUUAGUUAGAUAUGGACAGGUUCAGAGUGUUAGAGCAGAUCAACUAUUCAAUCUCAUUUUGGAAGGUUUCCAUCAAAAACCCAAAUAAUUUAGUCAAAGCAUUCUCUGAAUUUCUUAGUUGACUUAUAAAAACAAACCACUUUCUGUAUUUAUUAUUUUCUUUCCAGGAAGGGAGCUCUAUAGUCAUGAGGGUAGUAAAUAAAUAUUACUUUUAAAAAGACACUCUAGAGCUAUGAGGAUUUAAUAAAUAGUUCAUUACUUCCCUUUCUCCACUAAAAUCUCUUCACUCUAACUGCAGCCUUGAAACUCAAGUGUGUUCAGGUUUUGGACUAUUUUUUUUUUCUCUUGAGACACAGCCUCCAUCUGUUGCCCAGCUUGGAAUGCAGUGGUACAAUCUCGGCUCACUGCAACUUCUGCCUCCUGGGUUCAAGUGAUUCUCCUUCCCCACCGACCCAAGUAGCUGGGACUACAGGCGCCUGCCACCAUGCCUUGCUAAUUUUUGUAUUUUAGUAGAGACAGGAUUUCACCAUGUUGCUCAGGCUGGUCUUGAACUCCUGGGCUCAAGUGAUUCACCCACCUCAACCUCUCAAAGUGCUGGGAUUACAGGCGUGAGACACUGCUCCUGUCUAGGUUUUGGACUUUUAAUUUAAUUCUUGUUAAUACCCUUCCUUCUCUGAAAGCAAGGUAUAUUUAAAGCCUAUUUAUUACUUUUGGAUCAACAAAUGUAUAUUUUUGGAUAAGAUGAGUGAGUUACAAAACUAGCAACCUGCAAAGUGUUUGAAAGUUUAACUGCUGUUUUUUUCACUUACCUAUUCACCCUUUCAAUAAAUAUUAUUGAGCUGUUACUAUGUGCCAGGCACUUCUAGACAUGGUGGGGAUAUUACAGUAAAUGGCACAGAUGGCAAUCCUUGCACUCAUCAUAUAGUGUGGGAGAGAAAGUCACAGAUAGAGGUGACACCAAUCACAAAUGGAAAAUAAUACAAGUUAUGUCAAGGGUUUUUAAAGAAAAGUGACAUAAAAAACCAUAAAAUCUUGACUCAGAAAUCCUUACCUAAGAAAUAUAUCCUAAGGAAAUAAUUAUGUAUCCAAAUAUGCAUAUAGGAAAAUUUUCACUAUGUUAUUAGCACAUUGAAAAGAAAAACAGGUUAAAUAAAUAAAGAACUGGUUAAAUUAAUUAAGGACUUGUUAAAUUAGAUGCUGCAGUCAUGUUUUUAAUGACACAGAAAGAUGCUGACAAUACAUUAGUUGAAAAUUGUUGGUUUCAAAAUGGUAUGAUAUGAUUCCUGUAGAACAGUGGUUUUCAAGCAGGGGUGAUUUUUGCCUCUGAGUGGCCAUUUUUCAAUGUCUGGGGACAACUUAGCUUGUUACAAGUAGGGUGGAGGUUGGUGCUGCUGGCCCCUAGUGAUUAGAGGUCAGAAAUGCUGCUGAACGGACCCUACCACAAGUCAUUAUUUGGCUCAAAAUGUCAAUAGUACUGAGAUUUAGAAAGCCUGCAUUUAAACAAUUACAUAUAGCAUUGCAAGAACUUUCUGAAUAAAUAGGAUUAUGGGUGUUUUAAAUGUUUUUUCUUUGUGAAUUCAGAUGUUGCUUUAGAUGAGAAGUGCUGACUUCGUAAUUAAAAAAAAAAACUAUUUUAAAAUGUGAUGCUAAAUUUUGGCUCAUCUUAGCCUGAGAAGGUUUUUUCUAAAAACGUUCAGGCAUCUUUUUCUUUCCCUACUGCUCUCCUUACCUGUGCACUGUAUCUGCCUGUAUCUGUGAUGCCUCUAUUUGGAUGGAACCUGGAUUAUGCCUGGGCCUGCUUUCCUACCAUAACAUGGGUUGCUGUACUUGCCUACUUAAUUAUGAGCUCUAUCCAUCCAGGGAAGUCAUCUGGUUUGAAUAGCGUGUUCUUAGAAGUUCAUGGAUUUUAAUUGAAGGAAGCUAGAGGGACCCCUUUCUUCCUUCCAUCCUUCAGCAAGGGUCCCCAAAGACAGGCAGGCUACACAGCAAAUGCCUCAACUGCUGAGAAUCUACCCUGGCAGGUCCAAUACAGGCUCAUCUCCAGAAAAGCUGGGGUAUAGUUCUCUCACUGUUGGGGUUGCUAAUUUAGCUAUCUCCUCUUUAUAAGACCCUUAUGGGAAUAAAGAUUAGCCAGAAAAUACCUUUAAUGAACCUCCAAAUUUUAUUAGCCAGAAAAUACCUUUAAUGAACCUCCAAAUUUUAUCUGCAAGGAACCCACGGCCAGUGCUGUUAUACUGGUUUCUAGAAAACUCCUGCGGUGUCUGCAGAAAUUUUCUCUGGUGAACAUCUAGAAUUUCCAUUACUUUGAAUGUGUAUGUGUUAUUAAUCAGGGAAUUAAUCAUCCCCAUUCUCUUUGAUUGAAAAUUACAUUACCUAGGAAGGACAAGGUAUUGUCAAAUGGGCAAGGCAGAUCAUAUGUUUUCUCUUUUACUGAACUCCUUACUUAUCUAAUUACAGCCUGUGUAUCCUGUGCUACAGAGCCUCUUGAAAUUAAUUUACUGUUAUUCUAGUAACAUAUCCAUUUAUUGGAGCCUGUGAAUGUGCGUGAAUUCCAUUUGAUUACGUCUAAUGUUCUCCCCAAAUAAAGAGUACAAUUAAUUCAUUAGAUGAUGGUUUGUUUCCAGGGGUAAGUGCCAGUUUAUGAUGAUUCCAUCAACACUUGGACCACAUUAAUUUAUUUCCAAUUUAAUCAGUGUUUAAAUUGAACUGGGAUCAGGCAGAACAAAACACAUGGUUUUGCAUAAUUAUAAUGAAGCAAAUGGAAACAGUCAUAGCACUUCAGCUUCAGAAACCUCGCUGCAGAAGCACAGAUGGGUUAGGAGAUGUUGAUUAAAAAAGAUGUCUAGGAAUAAAUCCUCUGUAAGCUCUGUAUUAAAAUCCAGAUGCCUGCAGGACAAGUAACUUUGCAUUAAUUACUUAAAAAUUUCUUAUUCUGGGUACAGCUCUCUGUAGAAAUCCUACAGAUUGAGUAAACGGUGGAGGCACUCCUUUUCAUGGUCCAUUUAACUUAAAACAUUAGAUGGGAUGAAUCUGGAGAACAUCAUCCUCAGCAAACUGACACAAGAACAGAAAAUGAAGCACCGCAUAUUCUCACUCCUAGGCGGGUGAUGAAAAAUGAGAACACAUGGACACAGAAAGGGGAGUACUAAACACUGGGGUCUAUUGGGGGGAAAAGGGGAGGGCCAGUGGGAGGGGGAGGUGGGGAGGGAUAGCCUGGGGAGAAAUGCCAAAUGUGGGUGAAGGGAAGAAGCAAAGCAAAGCACACUGCCAUGUGCGUACCUACAAAACUGUCUUGCAUGCUCUGCUCAUGUACCCCAAAACCUAUAAUCCAAUAAAAAAUUAAAAAAAAACAAAACAAAAAACAUUAGAUGGUUCAGAAAGUUGUUUCUUCCUAGAUUGCUCUAGGUGGUAAGUUCAAUAUUUAGCAACUGUCCCUUUGUGGUUUUCGAACUUUCUCCAAGCCAAUGUCGUCAAAGCACUGAGUUGCCAUGUGGGAAGGUGGGCUACCUUGGAAAACAGAUUUUUGGAUUGGAGCUUGUCUGAAACUCUUUAGAUGAAGAAUCACACUGCGUGGGGUUGCUCCUUCAAAACUAACAGGAGGGAGAGGCUGAACAAAUGCUGUUCUUCAGGCAAGGGGCUUGCUGAUAUGUAGUCAUUUGUUAACUGCCCGAGUUUUGGUCUUAGAAUUUUUUCCCUUCUCCUCCUCCUCCUUAAAUCACUGCAAAUACAGUUGAAGUCUCUCCUUUCACACUGUUUUCCAUUUACCUCCAUCCAGAGAAUCCCUAGAGAACCACCCUGUUUUUAAAAUGAAAAAACUUUAUUUUGAAGUAAUUCCAAACUUAGAGAAAAUUCAUAAGGACUGCACAAAGAACUCCCCCCAUCCCCUUUAAGGGAAUAAUUAUAAUAAUAACGCGUUAUCAAUUCCUGGCAGGUACUUUAUUGGAGGCAUUUCUGUGAUUGGAACAGGAGUUGAGGCAACGUCAAAUGUAUUAUAACAAUGUAUUUUAACAAAGAAAAUCCCUCAAAUUGUCUUGCAGUGAAAACAUUAACAACAAUAACUACUCUUUAAAAUUCCUUCUAGUUUUCAAUAGAAAGGGCCAGUAAGUGAAUGUGCCUUUACAUUUUUGUCUUGGAACAACUCUGCAAUUUCAUCUUGAUUUAAUAUUUCUAGUAAUAAAGCUUCUUCCAAUUCCACAUUCUUAUUUCUGGGCAGACAUUUUAUUCUUAAGAAUUGUGGUGAUAAACAAGAAGCUAAAUUGAAAUGAUUAAUAUAUUGAUCAAUAAUUAUAACAAUGUCCCAACACUUAGAAAUUCAUCAGAUGUCUUUUUAAAGAGGCAUUUCUGGCUGGGCAUGGUGGCUCACCUUUGGGAGGUGGAGACCUGAGGUCAGGAGUUCGAGACCAGCCUGGCCAACAUGAUGAAACCUGUCUCUAUGAAAAUACAAAAAUUAGCCAAAUGUAGCGGCAGGUGCCUGUGAUCCAAGCUACUUGGGAGGCUGAGGCAUGAAAAUAGCUUGGACCUGGGAGACGGAGGUUGCAGUGAGCUGAGAUCACGUCAUUGCACUCCAGCCUUGGUGACAGAGCCAGACUCAGUUUAAAAAAAAACAAACCAAAAUUAAGAGUCAUUUCUGUGAGAAGAACAAGUAGGCAAGCCAGCUUUCCUCUGGCCCAUCUCCCCCUUUCCCUAAUUGUAGAGCAUCCUUCCCUAGGUCCCCUGUGAGAGGCCAGUAGGAUUCUCUGCUCUCUGGUGGGGAGAACCACCCUUCUGAAGUAGAUAUUUACCUUUUCAGGCAUGUCUUCACAAUUUAGCUUCAUUAGUGUAUAUCCACAAACAAUAUAUUAAAUAGUUUUGCUUGUAUUUAUACUUUAAAAAAUGGCCUCAUGUGGCAAUGUCCCAUUGUAUCAUAUAUUUUUUUUACAAAACAUUAUUUCCAUGUUGUACAUACAGGUAGACCUAGUUUAUUUAAAUGAGGUAUCAUAUUCUAUCAUAUAAAUGUAUCAUGGGUUGUUAUGCAUUUUCCUAGGGUUAAGCUUCUAUUGAACAAAUGCCUACUUUCUCACAAUUGCAAUUAGUGAAGAUCCUUUCAUCUGUUGUUUUGCUGGGAUUUAAACUUGAGAUCAUCUGACUAUAAAGCCCGCGCUUUCCUCAUUGUGUUAAGAUGGCCUCUCAAGUCAUAGACUUCUAUCAUAAUCCAGUUUGAUUUGGUGGAACACAUUAGCUAAGUAUUUAAAUUUGGUAAUGCCAUUUUAUCUCCAGACAGAAAUACUUUAUUAAUUUUAUCAGACAUGAAAAGUGGAUUUACUGUCUCAGGGUAAGUUGUUGACUAUAGUAGUCACUGGCCCACAUGUGGUGACUGAGCACUUGAAAAGUGACUCAUUACGUGUGGCACAUCAGUGUGUGUAUGUGUGUGUGUGUGUGUGUGUGUGUGUGUGUUUAAAUAUACCUUUCCUAUGGUGCUGAGAUGUGUUUUAAUUGUAAAAAUAUAUGCCAGAUUUUGAUGAAAAAAGUAUGUAAAAAUAUCAUUAAUUUUUGGUAUUGAAAUGAUAAUGUUUUGGAUAUGUGUAAGUUUAAAUAAAAAUGUGGCCGGGCUCUGUGGCUGUUACCUGUAAUCCCAGCACUUUGGGAGGCCAAGGCGGGAGGACUGCCUGAGCCCAGGAGUUUGAGACCAACCUGGGAAAACAUGAAAAAACCAUCUCUACUAAAAAUAGAAAAGUUAGCAAGACAUGGUGUGGAGCGCCUGCAGUGUCAGCUACUCACCUGGCUGAAGUGGGAGGAUCACUUGAGCCCGGGAGUGGAGGUUGUGAUGAGCCGAGAUCAGGCCAGGCGGCUGCGCUCUAGCCUGGACCACAGAGAGAGACCCUGUCUCAAAUAAAGUAAUUAAAAUUAAUUUCAUCAAUUUCUUUCUACUUUGUUAGUGUAGUUUUUUGAAAACUUAGCUAUGUAUUGUGGGUAUUGGAUAGCACUGGCUAGGAAUUAAUUAGGUUGAAAUGAUCUAGAGUUUGUGCUUCUGGGUGCCAGGUGGGGGCAGCAGAGAGUUGCUAGAAUCAGGCGUCCUAAAGAUGCUGUCCUACCAAUCCUAGAGGCUCAGAAAGACAGGAUGUCAGCAAAGGGGACAAUGGCAACAUAGUCAGCAAGGACCCAAGGAUCAAAUCCUGCAUCCUGGUUGAGAGGGAUUACAGCUAGGGCCACCUAGAGGAGAGGGGGCGCUUAACAAAUGAAAGCUUGAAUAGAGCACAGCUUUGAAGUCACACAGUUCUGUGUUUGAAUUUUGACUUUGUUAACUUGGGUACGUUAUUUGACCUUUGCACAUCUCAAUUUCACAUCUGUAAGUUGGGGAUGAUAGUACAUAUUUAUAUUUUUUGUUGAUGCGUGUAAAGAGCUUAUCAUAUAUAUUGAAUAUUUGCUGUUAUUAUUGUCUUUAUUUUAAUGUGUCAUUGACAAAGCAGAAGAAGGUAUCUCUUGCCUUUUGAAGCAGUAGAUUCAGGCUGCAAGUCUUACCACAUAUGGGUUUAAAGUGACUCACAUAAGGCUCACCAUUUCUUAUCCCCUUUUUAUCUCCAGGUAGAGGUGAAAAAGUUCUCUAUUUGGAAUGGUGUUCCUUGUACAUUGGAGUUCUUACUGUUUUAUCUCUUGCCAAACAAAAGCCUUAAAUAAACGUCUUUUUUUGGCUCUAAGCUGGGUAAGGCGUGCAUUUGCUCAUCACAGACGUUGCCCCGUCCUGUGUUAAGCAAGCCUUAGGGAUGCAGAGAUGAAUGAAAUGUAACUAAAAUAUCUACAGAAAAGUGAAAGAGCUAGAUGAAGGUCACCUAGCUAUGAUAGUGUUACGGGUGCCAAAGUCAAGCUGUGAGAAAGUUAAUUCCAUGGGGAGGGCAGCAAGGGUUUCAGUGAUGGCCUUGAAAAGGAGAUGACACUAUUGAGCUCCUCAUCAUCCUGUUUUCUAAGAUUCCGUCUUCCAAGAUUCAAUGACCUUCAUGUCUACCAAUGAUAGUUAUCACUCACCAGUAAACUGACAUGCUAGAGUGCAUCACCAAUAGAAACUGCUUUAUUUUUUAAGUCCUGAACUCUGAUUUUCCUCUCAGUACUGCCCAGUAUCUCUUAUCUUCCUAACUCUGUUUAGGAAACUCUUAUUGAGCAGUUUGUAAGCACAAAUAUGGAUGUUUUUUCACAGGCACAAGUCUUGACACUCUUGCUAUGAUUCUUCUCACUGCAUUGAUUGUCUCUAUACAGACCUCAGGAAACUGAAUAAUGUUUCUUCCUGUUUGCUCUCUAGUUAGAAGACAGUAGACAGGGUUCUGUCCAUCAUUAUUGCUUAGAUCAUUUUACCUUUUCCAGGGAGUUUCAGGUAUGUCUAUUUGGAAUGGUGUUCUUUUUUGAAAUAUUUGUGGUUUAAAUAUAUAAUUAAAAGUUAAUGAUCGGGCAUCUGCUUAUAAUAGGAGAAUUUGAUUCUGAGGGUUUAUGUUGGAUUGCAGUUAUAUUAUUGACAACAGUGGCAUUCUAAGGAAAAGUCUUCCAAUAUGGAUUUAGGUUUUAGACCAUUAGGUAGGCACUAUUCUUUAAUAAAGUGGUAUGUGGCUAUUCAGGAGCUUGCAAGAGAAUUCAAAGGGGUUCAGAAAGAAAACAUUAUUUAUACUUAGCUUUUAAUCAUCCUCUUGUAAUGUGUAUGUUUUGUAUAUGCUUUGUAAUGUUUGUACCAUAAUACAAGUAUAUAAUAAAUGUAUAUAUACUAAGGGUGAGCAAAUUUUUUAGUGAUGAGACGCACAUAAUCAAAGAAUUCUGUAGACAAUUAACUGCCCUAAGGUGUUAGAAAGUUUGUGAUUGCAACAGAAACUCCACUCAAAUGAGCUUAGAGAUAGAAGGCACUUAUUGGCGCUCCACACUGAAAAGACCAGAUGUGCAGUUGGCCUCAGGUACUGGGGUCCAGACUCUGUGGUGCUGUCAGGGUGUAGUCACUCUGUCCUUCAGCUGUUCAUGUGGGGAAAGAUGGCGAAUUGAGCUCUGAACUCACACUCUUCCAACUUACCACCCAGUGGCAAGAGACUCUCUUCCUUGGUAUUCAAGACUGAUUGGUAUGCAUGGGUCCCAUGCCCGUAUCUAAACCAAUCACUGUGGUCACUGGGAAUGGAAUAUUCAAUGGGAAUUGAUCAUGUUCUUAGGGAAGGGAGACGAUAUGGUUUGACUCUGUGUCCCCACCCAAAUCUCACCUUGAAUUGUGAUAAUCCUCAUGUGUCAAGUGUUGGACCUGGUGGAGGUAACUGAAAUAUGGGGAGAUUUCCCCCAUACUGUUCUUGUGUUAAUGAGUGAAUCUCAAAAGAUAUGAUGGUUUUAUAAGCAUCUGACAUUUCCCUGGUUAGCACAUUCUCUCUUGCCAUCCUGAAUAGCUGCUUUCCACAAUGAUUGUAAGUUUCCUAAGGCCUCCCCAGCCAUGCAGAACUGUGAGUCAAUUAAACCUCUUUCCUUUAUAAAUUA